GCCAGACGGACGGGAAGUGGGCGGGGCCGGCCGGAGCGGCGGCCAGGCGGGCGCCGGGCGGCCGAGCGGCGGAGGAGAGAAGACCAAGGACCCUAGCAGCAGCUCCCCUGCCCCCCCAAUGCCCUGGGUAUGGCCUCGGGGGCCCCACAAGAGAACAGCCAGACGGCAGAGGAGACCCCCGGCUUCCUGGACGCGCUCCUCCGCGACUUCCCGGCUCCGCUGAGCCCAGAGAGCCCCUUGCCAUGGAAGGUGCCGGGGCCGGUGCUGACCCUCGAGGAGGUGGAGGGCGAGCUGGCCGAGCUGGCGCUGGGCUUCCUGAGCAGCCGGAGCGCACCGCCAUCCGUCGCCGCCUGCCUGGCCCACGAGGCGGUUUCCCAGCUGCUGCAGUCUGACCUCUCUGAGUUCAGGAAGCUGCCGGAGCAGGAGGAGGAAGACAAGGACAGAGGGGACAGAGCGGAGGAGAAGGCCCCUGUGACACUGCUGGACGCCGCGGGCCUGGCACGGAGCCUCUUCGACCGCCUCUGGCAGGCGUGCAGCCAGUGGCAACAGGUCCCGGCAGCGGCCCGGGCCCCGCAGCGGCAGUGGCUGGUCUCCGCGCACGCCAUCCGCAACGCGCGCCGCAGGAUGGAGGACCGGCAUGUGUGCCUCCCCGCCUUCAACCUGCUCUUCGGCCUGGAGGACUCGGUGGACCGCGCCUACUUCGCUGUGUUCGACGGGCACGGAGGAGCGGACGCUGCGAGGUACGCGUCCGUGCACGUGCACGCGGUCGCCGCCCGCCAGCCGGAGCUGGCCACGGACCCCGCGGAGGCCCUCCGCGCGGCCUUCCGCCGCACCGAUGAAAUGUUCCUCUGGAAGGCCCGGCGAGAGCGGCUACAGAGUGGCACCACGGGCGUGUGCGCGCUCAUCGCGGGCAACACCCUGCACGUGGCCUGGCUCGGGGACUCCCAGGUUCUCCUGGUGCGGCAAGGCCAGGCAGUGAAGCUGAUGGAGCCACACAGACCCGAGCGGCAGGACGAGAAGGACCGCAUCGAGGCACUGGGUGGCUUCGUGUCGCACAUGGACUGCUGGAGGGUCAACGGGACCCUGGCUGUGUCCAGAGCCAUCGGGGAUGUCUUCCAGAAGCCCUACGUGUCUGGGGAGGCAGACGCGGCCUCGUGGGAGCUGACGGGCUCUGAGGACUACCUGCUGCUGGCCUGUGACGGCUUCUUCGAUGUGGUCCCCCACCAGGAGGUGGCCAGCCUCGUGCGCAGCCAGCUGGCAGGGCCGCAGGGCAGCGGGCUGCGCGUGGCCGAGGAGCUGGUGGCCGCCGCCCGCGAGCGGGGCUCGCGCGACAACAUCACGGUCGUGGUGGUCUUCCUGCGGGACCCCCAGGACCUGCUGGAGCCAGAGCCUGACGCUCCACGAAGCUAGGAGGCGCGGACUCCCGCCCCCCUACCCCGUGAUCCUCCCCCACAGAUGCCUUAGGACCCAGCGGGAGGUGGGCAGGCGAUGCCCCCCACGGCCUCGGGAGAGCACCCUCAUGGAGGAAAGCGGCUCCGGAGGGGCCGGGGGGGCGGGACCCAGGCUGCAGGUGGCGGCUGCAGCCACACCAAAGACACUGGGCAUGCACGCCAAGUGGCUGGGCGCUGGGGGCCUCGGGCAAGGCUGGGAGCUGCAGAUGUUGUCCAGAGUGCCCUGGGCGCCGCGCAGAGGUUUCUUAUUCCCCCCGACUGCCCAUGACCGAGGCUCUGGGGGGUGCCCGGGGCUCCCGGUGCCCGAGUGUGAAGGGUGGGCCUCGUGGGAAAGAGACGGGGCACCCACCUUUGGCCCUCCCUGGUGCCCGCACGUGGCUUGUGCCCCAAGGAGGGGAUGCCCAGACAGAGACACGUGUGUCCAGUCUGUGUUCUUCUCCCAGGGAAGCGUUUCCUUCAGAAGCAGUAUUUCAGGUUUGGUCCAUGUUCUGUCAGUGCCAAGAGGAUCCGUGGGUCAUGUAACUUAAGCAGAGCUCCACUUUUAUUUUAUUCUCUAGGGAACUUUUAAGUAUUGAUUUUUUUUUUUUUUUUUGUGAGACACUCCUUUUGCAGUAUUACUGAAAUUUUUUUCCCCUCAAUCAGGAUUGAAACACAUCCUUUUCCAGGUGGUGUAAAUAAGCCAUUCAAGUGCCUUAAACAGCUGUGGGCAAGGCUGGGGCCGCUGGGCUGGGAUGGAUGCCCGGAGCACGCUGCAGUUUUUUGUUUUUUUUAACAGAAGCAGGAUUUGUUUUGUCAGAGCGGCGUGAUUUUGAGCAGAAUUCUCCCCAGCAGAGUUCUUUCUGCCUUUGCACGGCCUGGACCAGACCUCAGGGCUCCAGAGUUGGGGUGACCGUGGCCCCACCUGCCUCCCCACCCUCCUGGUCCCGUCCCCCCGUCUCUGAUCGGACCCCAGGCCAAGGGACCGAGCUCCACCCGACGGCAGGUCCGUGCCGCUGUCUGGGAUGUUCCAGAGGGCCUGGCAUGUCAAUGGUUGAGUUGGUUUCAUCGGGAUGCAUGCCCGAGGGGCCCUGGCCACGUUUGGAGGCAGCGGGAGAGCAGAGGGGCGUCUGUGCUCCGGUCCCAGCCUCCACUGCCCUCCUCUGCCCGUCACCCGCUGGCCCCUGCAGCCCUAAGGCUGCAGGAAGUGCAUGACAGGUUGGCUCCCCCCGAGUUGGUGUGGAGUUGGAAGCGGGGCAGGGUGGGGGAUCCUCUGGCAAGAGGACGUAGGAUCUUCAUAAUGGGUGGGGAAGUGUGGCGGGUGACUUGGAUGAGGCUUCAGAGAAGGUCACUGGGGACUGGGCUGUGGGAGGGGUUUAGUGCCGGGGUCCCCAGGCUGCGGGGUGGCGUGGAGGAGGCGGUCAGAGUCCCCCCAGCAGCAGGGCCCAGGACAGGCUGCACUAAGGGAGCCCAGGCCCUCCUCACCCAGGGAGGGGCUGAGAGCCCCUUGUGAGGCCGGCUCCCAGACUCAGCGUUGCCCACCCCAGCCCCCAGCCCUAGCAGCAGGAAUGAAGUGGCUGAGCGGGGUCCUGGGCUUGCCAUAGAAGCCUCUUAAGCUAAUCACCGCAGCUCAGAGCUUUGGUGGCCAAGUGAGCAGGUCUUGCUCCGUCUAACCCGAAGGUCCCGCCUUCCGGGAGCCAGAAGCCCCCUCGUUGGGCCCUCUCGGCACACGGGUUGGUCAGCUGGCCCUCAGGUUGGGGAGGGGGGCAUCGAGGGAAUGCCCCCUGUUCUCCCCCCGAGAGGGGCUGGCCUCCUGCAGCGCCUCAUCGCAGGGCCGUCCCCCCUCAACCUGGACUGGGCACCGUCGGCCUCCUCGAGUCCUGACCCACUGCCCCUUAAGGCCACGGUCUUAAGAGGCCCCCCAGCCGGGGGCGCCGGUCUAGGACCACAGUCCCCCCCCAAGCCCAGCUCUGUCCCUUGGUCACUGUGCGGCCCUGGGCCUCCGUGUCCCCUCGGUAGGGCACGGGGCUUCGGGGGCGAUGGUGCCAGGACUAGCAACCCUCCCCGCCCGCAGGGAGGGGUGAUUAAGUAUUAUUAGUGUCUAUUCUUAACAUUAAGUGGGUUGGGGAGGAGGCAAGCUACUGAUGCCGGCGCCUUCCUUGUGUGGAAGACGGCAGCCGGACCCUUGAGCCCUGCUUUGACAAGUGGGGCCACUCCACAGGCAGCAGGGGUGGGCAGGCGGGCCCCCUGACGCAGCCCAGCCUCAGCGUCCAGGCUUGGGAAGAGCCGCAGGGGCCAGGCCUCAAGGGAGAGGCACAGGUUGUCAGUCUGGGGCCCUGAGUUGGCUACCGGUGACCCCUGCCCUCCCUAGGCCAGCGCUCAGGCUCCCCCUCCCCGUCACCCUUGCCCCACAGCUGGAGCUCCACCAUGGACUCGGGUGUCCUGGCCACUUCCGCAGUAUUCCCAGGGAGGGUGGACAGCCCCACUGCUCCCGGGCCCGGCCGGCCCCGAGCCAAAUGGAUCAGGUGGGCCUGGGUGUGAUGAGCUCUUGGCUUUGCUUCCAGCUGCAGCCCUGUGGGCACCCCCGGAGGCCUGCGCUCUUCCCCCAAGGCUCCACAGCUUCUCCAAAUACGCCUGCAGCCUUGCCAGGGGUUUGUGUGCAUCUUGGUGGGCUUCCUGGAAGUGGUGUUCCAUGUGAAGGGGUUUGUUACCAGAUGGGGUGGCGGUUUCCCCAUCCGAGGGACAAGUCCAGGGGCCCCCAUGCUCAUGUCAAUAAACCACAAGCUAUGAACCCCU